UGAAGAAUCAUGGAGUUGAAAUUGUACGGGCUUGUUGUAUACUAUUACUAUUUUGCGGUUGUCUCAGUGUGGUUUUAAGAUUUUGCGGUGAAUUUUUUGCCGAAGUAGCCGGAACCAGUAGCCUGUUUGAGGUCAAAAGCAUCUUGCCAUCUCGUUUCUAUGAAUCACCAUGUUCGGGUCGAACGGGCCAUGCUCCCCUGCGGACUACAUGCCACAUUACACCAGUAUUCUGGAACCAAUUUACUACCCUUCCACCAGGGAUUCUACUCAGCAGAUCCAACCGCUCACUUUCGAUUCGGAUCCUGACUGCCACAGUUCGGCACCUCCCACCCCAGAUAUCAUCUCAGGUCUGAUCAGCUUAACAGGUGGUCCGAGUCCCUCGGAUCUGUCCAGCGGUUCUUUUGGAGAUCUGACUUCGCCUGAGCCAGAUUACCACUCUGCUUCUUCGCCUCCAUCCUAUUCGAUUGAUGUUUCCAAAGUCCAGGCUACUAGAACCCAACUUAUCAAGGAAGGUCUCAAGCUGACCAUCCAGUCUAGAAGAAUGGUCCAAGGAUUGGAUAAUGCCCGACCAGAGUAUAGGAUGCCACCGCAGGAACAGUUGACUCCGGAAGACGAAGACAGACGACGCAGACGAAGGGAAAGAAAUAAAGUCGCAGCUACAAAGUGUCGUAACAAGAAAAAGGAAAGAACAGGGAAGCUAGUAGCGGAAUCUGAAACACUAGAAAUCAACAACAAUGCCUUAAAGUCCGAAAUCCAUUCUUUGGAAGCAGAAAGGAACGAACUCAUCAACCUCCUUCAGGGCCAUCUGCCUCAUUGCUCGAAGAAUUCAUCAAGGAACUACUAUGGUCAUCCCAACUCCAUCGCCAACUGCCAUGCCCCAUCUUGGUCAUCAGUUUCUGGCUGAAGAUGUUGUCUGAUUCACAUCAAUUUUGCUAAAUAUUUUUGUCCUGUGUAUGUCUGCUGGAAACAACUGGGUUAUGGUUUGUUUUUUAGAUAGCAGACACCGGCUCAGGGCUGAUGCGACGUUCACACCCAGCUGGUAGCAGAGGAAGGUGGCUUGGCAGCCAUCUUGGAUGCUUGCCUAUGAAAGGUUUCAUCCAUCAAUUAGAACAACCAUAAAAAAAAUCAGGCCAGGAAAGUCGUGCUGAAGUUGAUCGUUUUGCUCACUAAGACUCGAUUCCUUAGGAUCAUUCGAAGCAAUCUCAUUGUUAAUACUCUGCGUAUAAAAGUUUUUCAAAUAACGUAAACAUUAGCAGUAAGAUCUUAUUAUCAAAAAUGGAUUUUUAAAAAACAUAUUUCAUUGCUGCCAAGAAAUGGUACAUAUUAAGAUAAAACUUUUGUUCCAUAUUCCAAGGACAGUAGCAUAACGAGUUGUGGGUAUGAGGGUAGAGACGCUCAGAACAUCAUUCUAAGAGGCUCUGUUAUUUCUUAUUUUAAAGGGACCAGAAUUUUGCCAUAUAUUUUAUGUUUUUAAUAGCAGAAUGUAACGGUAGGGGGCGAAAGAUUUAUAUUAUGCCCCAAAAGCUAUUAAUCAUCGUUAUGCUACUAUCUGAAAUGCAGAAAAAGUUCUUAUCAGUUUUUUUCAUGUCUAAUAUUGCUAAAGAUAGAAGAUUAUAAUAGUUCAACUUCUGCUAAUGAUGACUAACUUAGAAUGGUCAGAAAUUAUAAUAGCCAUAUAUAUUUUGUAAAUAAAUUAAUUCUUAGAAGAAUGUCUUUAAAAAAAAAUUUCAUAAAAUUUUAUAAAUGUCUUUAACUCGAUCUGUUUGAACCCCCUCUUAACUGUUUUGUUUCCUCAACUGUUAGAUUAGAUGAUAAUUUCUAUUUCGAGAUGGUAUUGUCGUAUUGAUUCAGCUAAAAUUCCAUUCAGUAUUUAAGAUAUUACUGAUUUCACGUAAUUUUUGUAGUACAUUUUAGCACGCAUGAAUAAUUUAUAUUAAAAUUAAGAUAAUUUUUUAUACGUUUGACACCCCAGAAUGGCAUUUAAAGAACGAACACUUAGGAAAAAAGUAUUCUAAAGUGGUUGGAGCAUAUCUUCCUUAGUGUAUGAAACAGAAAGUUCUUAAGCAAUAUUUUAAAUUUUCUUUCAAAUUAAUGUAUAAAUUUAUGUUAAAAAUGAUCAAAAACUGACUAGAAAAUUUUAAAUACAUUUUUAUAAAAAUGUGAAUAUUUCUUGUGAUUGUAAAUCAGCGAACUUGAAAAUUUUCAACCAAAUUAUUUAUUUUUGAAUUUUUGUCGAAAAAUUUCUGGAACGAGUUAAAUAUGAAUUUGUCGUUGAUCAUUAUCAUGAUUGGUCAUUAUUUGUUAUGAAUCAUUAUUUUUCUAGUCAUCUUUUCAAGGUUUUUAAACAUCAUUUUUAAUUAUCUGAAUGAUCCUAAGAUCGACGUCGGCCUUCAAAAAGAUCCUGAUCAUUUUGUUAAGGUUGAACAUCCGCUGUAAGCAGAAACAGGCGAUAAGAUGGAGUAAAGAUAAGACAUCGGUGACGAUGGGAAAAGUAAAGCAAUGGUAUAAGUGACGUACAUAUCGGUGAUAACUGUAGCGUUUAGAUCACCCUUUAAUAAACUCACAGGUUAUAACCUGUUUCAAAAUGUGAUAGGAAAGCAUCCAAUACACGUGGUUAAAUAUUUAAAUUCAUCAUUUUUUUUUAAAUUUAUAUCUUGUAUCUUUUUUUUACAAAUGAAAUUUUAAAAUUUGAAGGCUGUUGAUUCUAGUCUGACGUAAAAGUUCAUGAACUGCUUUGUAUAUUUAAUUUUCAAUGCAUUCUAUCUUUACUGGUGACUAUUAACUUCAGCAUUUAAUUUGAUUUUAAGAAAGUAUUCCACAGUAUUUUUGUGAGCUAAAAAAAAAAUUAACUUCAUAUUUCUUAAUUAUGCAUCUCUUAACUUAAAUAGAUGAUAAAGUGCAUGCUUUCAAGGUUAUUUUUUCCUCGAGAAAUAUUGAGUCGUACAUACUGGUUUAUCAGAAUUACCUAAUCUUGAAGAUGCGAUAGCACACAUAAUGUAAUUCUACCUUUAUCUUCACUGUAAUAUUAGAUUGUUACAAAAUUAUCUCCAAGGAGGUUUUGUACAAUAAAUACUUCUUUCUUAUAAAAAAAAUUAUAUUAGCAGCAAACUUAAAUACAUAUUACUUUUUUUUUUAAGAAUUUGAUUUUAAGUAACAUAUUUAUUGACAUUUUUAGUAAUUUGAAAGGAAAAUGAAUUUUUUUUUUCCUUAUUAAUGCUUUUUGAAGAAAUAUUUCUUCAAGCCCUUUAUUUAAUGUAUACUACAAAAUCGAUUAUCUAGCAUUUCGGAAUUACCUAACAUUACAUGACGUACAUCUUUUGCGUUAUUUUCAAUGUUUUAUUAGGUCUUGAAGAAAUAAUCUAUUCAAAAGUAUUAGAAAGUCUUGCUUAAUCUUAUAUCUUUCUCAUAAAGAAUCUGUAUUAGAACCGACAUUAAAUGAAUAUUUAAUUUUUUUCCCUAAAGUCGCCAACUACGUGCUUGGAUGUAGAUUGGCGAAAUAUUUUGUAAAGAAUGGUAUAGAAGACGCUACUAUUGGCGGGAUUCACAAUGUUGCAAACAUUGCUCUGAGCCAAUUAAUAUUUGUAACCCGAUAUUCGGGAUAUAUCUAUUCAUAUAACCAUUUAUAUACAACUAACAUUAUAUUCAUAUAUAUCUUAUUACUCUGUGUAUUGUAUAUGUUAUGUAUAUGGAUACAGUGACGGAUUUAGACAUAUAGGUGGCUGUCUAGACAAUGCACAUUAUGAGGAUUAACUUUAAAAAAAUCAUAAUACUAAUUUAUUCAACGUGUUAAUUGAUUAAUUUAGAAACUUUGUGAAAAUGUGCAUUUUUUAUUUAUUUGUUUAUUUUGAUUUAUGACUGCAUGAUAGCAGACAAUUAUAUUUAAGCAGAUAUUUGGUGGUUAUAAAUACUAUAAUAACUAAAUGAACAUAUUGGUACAUAUAAUAAAGUCACCAAUUAUACUUGAUAAUGUGCCAGUAUUAUCCUAAUAUUUUAUAAUUCACAUCAUUUUUAUUUUUAAAUAUUUAUUUAUUAAAAAAUUUGGAUAAUAACUUUUUUUAAUCCAUCUACCUGCGAUCCUUCGUUAUCUCAUCUGUCCUAGGCAGCUACCUAGCUCGCUUAAUCGAAAAUCCGUCACCGUAUGAAUACAUUUAUCACCCAUAACAUUUGUUAAUAAUCGUUUAACUAACUUAUUAACUCUUACUAAUUAUAGGCGGUAGUAUUUUUUCUCCUUUAUUUUUAUAUGUAGUCGUGGUAUAUAUAACAGAUAUUUUUAAUAAAUGUAUUGUAUUUCAAUAGCGUGAUAUAUUAUAUAUGCAUUAUAUAGCAUUUUCUUUUGUGUGAUCUGAUUAUAUAAAUUUGAAUAUAAAUGUUUAACAAUUAAAAUGUCGUGUAGUGUGUAAUGUUGAUAGUUUUAUGUGUUUAACAAACUCUACUUAGUGGGACUUUUAAUCAUAGGUUAAUCUGUAUUUUUGUUUAUGUUUCUUGUAUUAAACUAAUUUUUUUUGAGUGAAAAAAAAAUGUGAAUAAGUCGAACUGGAAAAUGUUAUUAUUAUUUUACGUUUAAAUUUCUUUGAAAUGGUUAAUAAAGUUUUAGAAUUUUUUUGAAGAUAUUACGAUUUCUCCAAGAACUUUUGUUAUUUUUUUAUUCAUGGCUAACUACAGAAGCAUAAAUUUUGGAUCAAAUUUGAAAUUCAAUUAAUAUUUUUCCAAUAAAAAUAUUAUUAUUUAUAAACAGCUUACUGCAUAUUAUUCUAAUUUUUUUCCUCCAAUUUAGAAAAGAAUUUGCACAUUUUUGAAACAAAAACUUAACCGCGAACGAUUAAUUUAACUCAAAACACGAUUGAAUAAUAAGCAGUUUACAUAAUUUAACAACAGACGAUUAAUUUAACUCAAAACACGAUUGAAUAAUAAGCAGCUUACAUAAUUUAACGACAGACGAUUAAUUUAACUCAAAACUCAAUUGAGUAGCAAGCAAUUAACAUAAUUUAAUAGCAGACGAUUAAUUUAACCCAAAACAAAUUUAAUGGUAAAUAUCAGAAUUUAAUAAUAAACAAUUAAUUAACUCAAAACAAAAUUUAAUAUUAAUAAAUUCGAUUUAAGAUAAAGCAAAAUUUAAUGGCACAUUAUUAAUUUAACACGAAAUACUAUUAAACAACAAGCCAUAAAUUCAGCACAAAACACAAUUUAAAAGCACAUCGUCUAAUCUCUAAUUUCUUUUCAAAUUCAGCUAAAUAUUUUCGUAACAAAUAAUAAACAUUUCAAAAUCGUCAUCUUAUUUUUCAUGUCCUACAUAUAACAGCAGACAAUGGGAACAUAUGAUGUGAUUUGUUUCUAUUGUUGUCUCGCUUUAGCUGGAAAAUGAAUGUUCUGAAUAAUUUUGUCAAAAAUGUGCGGAACCGUUUAUGCUGUGAAUCAGCUGGCGAGAUUCCAAUUCGGCUUGGUGCUGGGUGAUCUUUAUUGUUCCUUUCCAUGACUAUACUUUAUGUUUGAUGUCGUAAAAAUACAUUUUAUAUAGCGAAUAUUUUUGCAACAUUUAGAUAUUAAUCUUUGUAUUUUAUAUACUCUGAACUUGUAUACCCUUAUAUAUGGAAUAUAUAUAAUUGUUGUUUUAUUUUUAUACGCUUAACCACCUGCAUCAGUGGCGUUUAUUGCUUACCGUGCCAAACUGUAUUGUACUAUUUUAUAUGCUUUUUUUAAUAAAGAGUUAUUUUUGUAUUUUUGUAAA